UCCAUCUCCUCGCCUCCCCUUGAUGGCGAGAAAACGGCCAGUCCAGGCCGACAGCGAGGCCGAGCCACCAUCCAAGGGCCUGCGUCUGACCCGAAGUCGCGUGUGUAAGAAGAGCCCCCCUCAGCAAAUAGACAGUGAUAAUCUAUUCAAACAAUGACUGAAAUUUAGGCGCCGAAUGCAGAAAGCACAAGACAAAAUGUGAGACUCCGCCCGGCGAGACGGCCUGUGUGCGCUGUCAGCGCCAGGGGGUGGCCUGCGUCGCGUACGAUGUCUCGCAGCAGUUUCUGACCGACGACGCGCAGUGGAAAGCGCACGCCACGGCCGAGAUUGCGAUGCUGCGAGGUGCCGUGGAGCAUCUUCUCCGUCAUACCGAGCAGCCUGUAUUGGCUUCGUUCUCAGCAGACCCUCACCUCCCAAUCUCGCUCUCCCGCUCGCCCUCCCCCCAUGAAGAGGGCGAAGAAACGACAGCCACGGCAGGACGGCUGGUCUUGCCGCCGAUGCGCAGUCUGUACGAGCUGACGAAGCUACAGAACCUGCGGCACAGCGCGGGGACGCGGCCCAGCGCGGCGGUGAUGGAGCAGGACUUCAUCGCGCAGGGACUCGUCAGCCGCGAGACGGCCGAGGCUCUGUUCGCGCGAUUCCAGCAGGUCAACAACCGGCUUCUCUGGGACGGGAUCUUACUCGCGUCGCCCGCCGCCUCGCUCGAUGCCGUGCGUCGGGCCUCCUCGCUGCUGGCGGCCGUCGUGCUCGCCGUUGGGGCCCUGCAUUCUCCCGGCCGCGAAGAGGCCUUUCAUCGCAGCUACGAUGUCUUUGUCGCGCUUGCCCGCCGGUCGGCGCUUGCUCGUCGCCACAGCCUCGACGACGUCGCCGCCCUGUGUAUCGGAGCGUUCUACCUCGCCAAUCUCAGCUGGAAGCUGUCUGGUCUCGCCUCGCGCAUUGCCGCCGAAAUCGGCCUGCACCAGGCUUACUCUCGUUUAAUACACGCAAACAGUCCUCACCAUACCGAUCGUGAUAAUGAUAUAUAUCUUUCGCACCGCCGCGUCCGGCUCUGGUACGCAGUCUACGUGUGCGACCGACAGUUCAGCAUCGCACACGGGCGCCCACCCGCCAGCGUCGACGACGAAUCGACCCGCAACCUGCAGCGGUUCCUGCGCGGACCAGCAGCCGAAGCAGGCGACACCCGGCUCGCGGCACAGGUCGCGCUGUGCUCCAUCUUAACAGACGCAUACUUUGCGUUUGGCAGCGACGCGGACCGACCCCUAGGUGAAACCGAGAUGGCCCGGCUGCGCGACUCGACCGCCGCGCUGGACGCCUGGCGCGCCGAAUGGCCCCCGCGCGCACACGACUGUCCCGCCGUGCGCUCGUACCCGGCCCAAGCGCUCGUGCUGUACUUCCAUUUCGCGCGGUUCCAGCUCAACUCGCUUGCUCUGCGCGGGGUCUCGGCGCAGUCUCCUGCGUUGUUGUCGAGGGAACACCGCGCUGCUGCCUCCACGGCCAUCGCGGCGGCGAUGAGCACCCUCACUCUGAUCGUUGACGAUGACGAUCUGCGCGCUGCGUUUCCGGGCGUCCCGGUCUUCACGUAUACGAUGGUCGCGUUUUGCGCGACCUUUUUGCUCAAAAUGGCGGCGACGUGGGGACGUCUGGCGUCGGGAGAAGUAUACCCCGAUGAGAUUGUCAGUCUCGUCCACCGAUCCGCAGAUAUGUUGGCCCGGGUCGCGGCGCAUGUCAACGAGCGCCAUCUCGCCCGUCACAUCGCGACGGGCAUGGCGGAGAUGUUGCAGCAGUUUCGGGCUGAGCAGGCCGCGCAGGACGCAGACAGCCUCGGCUUCGCGCUUCACUCCUCCUCCUCCUCCUCCUCGGCUCCUGUGCUUCCGCCUGCCAGCGUCGACGAGUCUUCGGGGGUUUACAAUUUCCGUGAUCUCGAGGGCACGUUCGGCUUUGGUCUGGACGAAACGCUACUGGGGGAGAUGGCGGCGGACAGUUUUGAAUUGUGGUGAGAGUAGAGUAUACUCUGUAUAUACUGUACUGGCAGACGAGAUGGCCAAGAGAAUACGUAUAUAAUACUAUUACUAGCCUCUAGGGUUGCAGCAAUGUCUGAAUAUGACUACUUG